GUGACGUCCAACGCUGAGUCAAAGAUUCUGUCAUCGGAGAAAAGGAGGGAAAAUAGGAGUAAAUAUUUAAAUAAUGAGAGGAAGAAAUUCAAAGGAAGAUGAAGACUCAGGAUCUGACUGGGACAGCAUGUCAGAAAUGGAACCAGCUCCAAAGAUAGAGAAAAAGCAGGCAUCAAAUCAUGGUCAGCAAAUUCCAGCUCCACUUAAGCUUAAAUCAAUGACCUUUGUUGAUCCUGAUGUUAGAAGAGGUCAAAGUGCAGAAAAUCCUCCUUAUGAUUUUAAGCCUGAAGUCAAAACACCCACCCGAAUAGCAGAGGAAAAGCAGGUCAAACCAGGAAGGCAGAAGAAAGGAAAAACAUAUGAUCCCCAGGGCAGCCAACAGAAGCAUGUUACCUUCAGUGAGACUGAGAAGGAAUAUGAUACAGCCACAGUCAAUGGCAGUGCAGGAGGACAGGAGAGCGAUUCAGAGGACCCACUCUAUUCAACAGUGAAGCCAAAAAGCAAGCAGUCUAACCUCUCUGCCUCCAGCCACCAGAGGAGGGGUGACAGUGAUGAGGAUGUCAAAGGGGGGAGAGGAGCCAAGACACAGAAAAAAGGAGCAAAGAAGGCGCUUCAAGGCUUGCGGAACCCUAAAGCACAAGGAGUGGAUAAUAAGGCCUUUGUCGGGGAUGAUGAACAAGACUCUGUAGACAUACCACCAGGAUCCCAAGCUCCCUUAGGGCCCAUCUUAAAGAAACCUGCAAAUACCAGUACCCCAACACAGGAUCCAAAUAUCGGCAAAAGCCUCAGUACUGUGCCACUGAGGCAGAGUCAUACGAUAGACCAGUUUGGGGCUGGAGGCAGUUAUGAAUCUCAGCGUUUCAUGUCAAGCUUCGGCUACAGUUCAUUACCCGUGAAAGAAUGCUAUUAUCCUAUAUCAGUUUCAUUAUGGGGAUCUUUACCUCAGGGAAAAUCUACCGAGUCCCCUGAGAUCACAUCGAUAUCCAUUGAAACUGUUUAUUAG